AUGAGCUUCAGGUUGUUUGAGGAGAAACAACAUGCUUCUAUUUAUCAGAAGUAUCGCAUGGUUCCACCUGACGAAGUGAAGGAACUUAUUCUGCAGUACCUGGACAAGAAGAAAGGACCUCCCUUUGAGCUGGUGGUGGAUCUGGGGUGCGGUACAGGGCAGAACACUCGUCUGCUCUCCCCUCACUUCCAGAAGGUGGUGGGCAUCGACAUCAGUGAAAGCCAGCUAGAAGAGGCCAGAGCUGUUCCAGGGUUUACCAACCUCAGCUACAGAACAGGAACAGCAGAGCAGCUCCCGUUUCCCGAUGGCUCUGUGGAUCUGCUGACCGCAGCAUCUGCUGCCCACUGGUUUGAUCCUCAGGGGUUCCUGAAGGAGGCGUCUCGUGUUCUGAAGCCUCAUGGCUGCAUGGCUCUCCUGGGCUACACAGAUCAGUUCUACCUGAAUUACGGCUCCUGUGGUGAUAAACUCGACUCUAUCUAUUCAGAGGUGAUUAAGGCACUCCUACCGUACACCAGCAGUCAGAUAGCAGUGGCCAACAGUAAACUACAGGACUUAUAUGAAGCCAUACCGUUCCCUGAUAAAGAGAGAGUUGAAAGCAUACCUGUGAAGCUGCAGAUGAGCGUCAGGGCUGCAAUUGGCCUUGUGGAGUCUUUCUCCAUGUACCAGACCUUCCAGAGGGCCGAGCCUCAAGCUGCAGCUGCUCUGCUAAAGUCAACUACCACACGGUUGCUAAAGGAAAUGGGGGUCUCUUCUGUGGACACUAAGCUAGAUGUUACAAUGCAUUAUUACUGUGUGCUGGCAUGUAAACCACAGUAACAUCAAUCUCAAUCUGCCCUUUAUGUAGUCUGAUUUCAUAUAUUAAUUAAAGAACAGUAAACGGUAAAGUGCAUUUUUUUUGCCUUAUUAGCAGAGUGUUGUGAUUGGGGCAGCCCACGUGUGAGGGUCAUCCGCAGGUUAUCACGCCCAAAAAAGAAUGUUGCCAGAUUGGGAGAAACACCCAAAGUACGGGGUGCAUAAUUCAGACACAGAUUUUUUAAAACAGUCAUUCAGUUUGGGAUUGGUGGGAAAUAAACAUAUUAUUUACAGUU